ACCACUGCUAGGCUGCGUAACGAGGCUGAAUCCGAUUAUAUAUCAGAACUCUGGAAUGUAUCUCUGGUCCUCUCAAGAUAUCGAACCUUUAUCUGAGCAUGAGGCCCGUCAAUUUUUGCGUCACGCUGCCCGUGUGCGUUCAUUGCAUGUGGGAACCAGCAAGCUUUUUCGCCUCUUGGCAAAUCUUUCCAUCGAGAUAUGCGUUUUCCCGAGUCUAUUUUCACUAUUCUUUAUGGUCGAUCAUCCUCACGCUAAAUACUUGCGUCUCUUUCUAUCCCCUACUCUGCGCCAGUGCCACCUAUCGGUCAUGCAUCCGGAUUUCAAAUAUAUUGCGACCCAUUUUACUGUUUUGGAGCACUUGUCCAUCGAGCUCAGGCCCGUUGAUGAUAGCAUAGCAGAUGACCUGCUCCUGCUGUAUAACAGUAUCCGUUCAUGCAAGAAGCUUGCAACUCUGUGUUGCCCACCUCUCGACUGGGCAGCUUGGAGGCACAUUUCCAACCUCCCAACCCUCCUCACAGUGGAGAUUAACGAGCCGUGCAGGGCUCCUCCGAGUCACUGGCCUUUGGGUCGGGACACCCACAACUUCGCACCUUUCUGCAACCUCACAGGUCUUUUUUUCUAUGUAGAUACAGCUGCGUACACCAUCGCAAUCAUUCAACACUCAGAACUCCCCUCGCUACAAGAUUUUGUAAUGAACGUCAGUGUUUUGCCUUAUACGGAGGCCGAGCAACUUUGUCGUGCGCUGUCCCAGUGCAAGGCAGAUCAGAACCUUAAACACAUUGAUAUAACUGCUCGUGGUGCAAAAGUUGGGGAGCUCUCGAGCAGCUCUUUGACAGUGAUCACACAAUUUUUUGGUUUCACCCAGCUCCGAACCCUGCAGCUCGAAUUUCCUCAUUGCUGCUUCAACCUUGAUAACAACCUUCUUCUGGGAGCCAUGACAAGUUGGCCACACAUCUGCUCGCUGGAAUUAUUGGACAUACAGACGUUACCCACCGUCACCUUUCGCGGACUAUUCACAGCGCUCCUUCAAUCCGAGUCAUUUCAACAUACCACCCUAGAAUCAUUGAAGUUGACCCGGUCUCCUGUAACGGAUGCUGAAGCUGUUGCUCGCAUCCUCUUCUCCAUGCUCCCUCGUAUCGACCAAGUCCUCGAUCAGCGAGUCUCAGUUGACUCAUGGAAUAUCGACCUUUACUUGCAACAGUGGGACGAGGUCAACAGGCAUCUCGAUCUUUUAAAUGGGCGCGAGCCACGCAACUCCGAGUUUGAGUAGGACACGGACUGAUGUUUGUGAAUUUUUCUGGAGUUGUACAUGGCAAUGCGCUUGUGUCAUUUUUUGCACCACCCUGGCUAUAGUACAGUUCUCAUCAUCGUAUCCUUUCUUUUGCUGGCCUCAGUGCAUCCUACGCUACCGAAUAACGUCACUCUCGGAAAAUGAAAUCCAUGCUCUACUAGUACUUAUAUCUAUCUCUUGCCUUCCAAUGCAUGUGCGCUGUUGAAUAA